AUGGAUAUUUCAGAAUUUGAAAAAAAUUCUCUGUUCAAUAUUAUAUUUCGUUCACCAUAUAUAUCGAAUUCUGAUGAUAAAAAAAACGAUGAAAAAUCAUUUUUUCUUGGUAUCGAUGAAGCUGGUCGUGGUCCUGUAUUAGGUCCAAUGGUUUAUUCAGCAUUUUUUUGUGAUGAAAAACAUUUAUCAGUUUUAAAUGAUCUCGGUUGUGCAGACUCCAAACAAUUAACCGAAGAACGUCGUUCGUCAAUAUUUGCUGAGUAUGAACAGCAUAAAAACUAUUUGGGUUUUAUACUUAAAGUACUUUCACCACAUAUGAUUUCUACUUGCAUGUUACGACGAAAUAAAUACAAUUUAAAUGAUAUGUCUCAUGAUGCAGCGAUUGAAUUAAUAAAAUUAGUUCUUGAUCAAGGUGUCAAUGUUAAACAAGUGUUUGUCGAUACUGUUGGAGAUCCUGAUAAAUAUGCAAAUAAAAUUCGUUCGCAUUUUCCAAAACUAAAAAUUACUGUAUCAAAAAAAGCUGAUUCACUUUAUCCAAUUGUUUCAGCAUCGAGUAUUUGUGCUAAAGUCGUUCGUGAUCAGAUUGUUCAGUCAUGGAAAAUACAUGAAUUUGAUGAAGAAAAACAAUCGAUUCAAUAUGGUUCCGGUUAUCCGAGCGAUCCCCAAACAAAACGAUUUUUAAUUGAAGCCAUCGAUCAAAUAUUCGGUUUUCCAAAAUUUGUUCGUUUUAGUUGGUCAACAGCAUCAACUAUUAUUGAAAAUAAAUGUGUUAAAGUCACUUGGGAUGAUGAUGAAGAUGAAAAUGCAACUACCAAUACAACGAAGAAACGUAAAUCAGAAGUUAUUGAAACAUCAUCAACAACAAAAACACUUUUCAGUUAUUUUGCUCAGAAAAAUGUUACGAAAAAUGAUACUAGUAAUCGACGUACAUCAGGCAGUCAUUUUUUUCGAGCAGCUCGUCUUAAACCAGCUGUUUUUCCAAUGUAA